AUGAGCGAAGAGUUAUCAAUUAAUGACACCGAGCAAUUCGAUAUUGUCACGUGCUAUCAGAAAUUUUUGAAGGAUAGCCCCGAUAUGUCGAUGCCCAUCGCGGCAAUAGAAUCGUUGGUUGAAUUAAUAAAGCAUAGUAAAGCAACGACUUUAUCAGAAUUCAUGGAAUCUCUCAAGGAUGCAAGUCAAAAACUUAAAUCUUCUGUAAGAAAUUCAAUUUCAUUAUCGGCAGGUGCUGAUCUAUUCUUGAGAUUCGUUACGAGGACUUCUCAUGAUGUAACGAAUUUUGAAGCUUGCAAAGUACAUUUGAUAAAUAGUGGAAAGGUGUUGGUCGAAAAGGCUACAGCGGUUAGACAUAAAAUUGCCGAGAUAGGUACAAUACUGAUUCAUUCGUAUUCUCGUGUGGUGAUGUUGCUUCUUCAACAAGCGGCUGCCCGCAAGAAACGAUUUAAAUCAACAAAAAUAUUACGUAAAGCUGGUAUCCCUGCUACUGUCAUACUUGAUACAGCUGUUGGUUAUAUUAUUGAUAAAGUUGAUGCGGUGUUCGUUGGUGCUGAAGGUGUUGUGGAGAAUGGUGGUUUAAUCAAUGCGAUUGGAACUUAUCAAGUUGCUGUCGUUGCUAAAGCUGCCAACAAACCAUUGUAUGCUGUAAUCGAGAGUUACAAGUUCGUUCGUUUAUUUCCACUUAAUCAAUAUGACCUUCCAACGCACACUCCUGAUUUACUGACGUUUCCGGAUUUGGAAUCUCCUCGUUAUCUCUCCAAUAAUGAUGAAUCUGAGGAUGAUGACGUUGAAAAUUUUGAGGCCAGUAAUCCGACCGUGGAUUAUACUCCCCCGGAUUACAUUACAUUGUUGUGUACUGAUUUGGGUGUGUUAACUCCAUCCGGUAUAUUAUUAAAAAGGCAAUGA